AUGUUGUCCAACACCAGUUCUGACUUCGAAUUGAUCAUUCGCCAGCAGCCCAAUCGGGCGCGCGUGGCCGGUGGGAAGGAGAAAGAACGCAAGCCAGUCGAUCCACCGCCGAUUGUGCAACUCCGGGUAAGAGAGGAAGGGAGCUAUCUCGCGCAACACUACUUGCAGAGCCCAUAUUAUUUCAUGUGCUGCAGUCUGUACGAUGCCAAUGAAGAUCAGCCAGUCCCCGUACCGCCGGCCACAGCUUUGGCAGGCACUCUCGUUUCGUCACUUCACCGGUUGAAGGAUGUGGAUAAUAAUGACGGCGGAUUCUUCGUCUUUGGGGAUUUGUCGGUCAAAAUUGAAGGGGAGUUUCGACUGAAGUUCACUUUGUUCGAGAUGCGAAAGGAUGUGGUUACCUACCUGAAAUCCAUUAUCUCUGAUCGCUUCACUGUUUCACCACCAAAGACUUUUCCCGGAAUGCAAGAGUCCACGUUUCUGUCUCGGUCAUUUGCCGACCAAGGUGUCAAACUACGGAUUAGAAAAGAACCUCGUACACUGUCUCUGAAACGGCCGCCUCGGCCGGAAGAGUAUCCCCAGCAGCCACUACCUCGCUCCCCUGACCGGUCUUCGAUGCAGAUGUCGGGGAACGCUUUCAGUGGCUAUCCGGCAGCGGGCAGGGAUUAUGCGUACUACGGAACACCGGUCAAACGUCAGCGGACAUCUGUGGACUACGGGAACAGAGGCGUCUAUGACGCCGAAGGUCGAAUGCGCCAGGUGGAUGCGUAUCCACAAACCGCCGCCAUGUAUCCGAAUCAGCCAGGAACCUAUCAGACCCCGAUGAUGCAAGGAUAUCCUACUGGACAUGCAGGAGUGCCAGAUUAUGCGGUUCGUCAGCCACAACCCGCACUGCUUGCCCCGUCAUCUUACGGAUCUCCGGUGGUGUCCAUGGUUGCAGUGACAUCCCCGGGACCCGGUAAUAUGGCGCAAGCUCGAAACCCCGCUUACACUGAUGCACAGAUUUCGUAUGGGAUCCCGUCAUCCGCUCAAGUGCCCCAGAUGCAGGAUCCAGCGGCCCAAGCACGCUCCAGCCAGCAAGCAACGAUGCAAUCUCUAGGAAUGAUGAACCAGCCAGAUCGGUGCGUCAGAAAGCACAUGGCUGCUCCAGCAAGAGGGGGCGAGGCCCAUGUGAGCUCGCUGCCUCAGCGGUCGCCCGAGUUUAGCAGUUUGGAGAUACGGGGUACCUGGAAUGGCGAUGAGCUUGAGCCAGUAGACCUUAGAAUCUCACUUGAGAUUCUCAACACCAGAUCUGCAAACAUAUCUCUCAUCAAGACCUUCUCAGUCCGCCUCCAAUCCAACGAAUGGGGUCAAGGGAAUCAGUCGAGUGACAGUUCGCCUCAAAGCCCAUUGUUCGCUUUUUCCGCGCCAGAGUCUGAUGACGGUACCUCUUCUCACAAUUCAGGCACUCCAGAAAGGGAUCUCUUUACCGCAGCGAAAGAAUCACCCACCAGCUCUCAGAAUGCAACUGUGUCUUCUUCCCUUGAAGGUGUUGCAGAUUAUCCCAACGACCAGGAAGUUGAGCCCUCGUCGCAGCUUUCAUCCUCACCACUCAAUCUCUCUUCUGAGUUGCGCUUGAACGUUGCAGCAUGUGCCGAUUGGAUCAAGACGCAGAACCCAGGCCGGAAGAGGAGUGCCUCUGACGCAUCCCUCACCGAUUCUGGCUCUGGUUCAGAGCGAACCAAGGCUUCCGGCGUGAAACCAUCCGCAAAAUGCAUCAUCAGCGACGUUGGUGGUGUUAAAUCAGCUCCCGAACCUGACAAGCUGACUCAAAAUGCAACCGAGGGGAACGAAGACGCGGUCCAAUUUUCAACUCAGUCUUCAGAGCGAAGCUCUCACGGGAGACAUUCCAGAACGCUUAGCAUGAUCCCAAAGCCCGUCACUCGGCUGGACAAGGACGUGGUGAGACGAACAGUCUCUAUUCCCGCGCCAGAUGCGUUGCAGGAUACAUCAACCGCUGCGCAUAGUAAACAGCCCAUUGAAGAGGAAGAUGCUCCCACUCCAACCCAGGCAACUGUGAUUGAAACAUUCCGCAGAAAGCGGGGAGACUCUGACUUCUUCGUCACGUCGACUACUGAGAUGUUUCCAGGCUCUCUUGAAGCGAAUGAACCGGUGGCCGCAGAAGUCACUAAGACCACAAGAUCUGACUCUGACAAAGACUCCCCUAAGUCAACCCUUGGCAUGCACAAUGUCGUAGGUGGCCUUCGUAUUCAAACAGAGCCCGAGGGUGUGACAAGGGCUAUUGACCAACAUGUCGAGCCGGAAACAUCGAGCCCAAAAUCCCAUCAAGACAUGACGGCACCUGAAACCCCAGGUUCAAGGGUAGACCGCACUCUGGCGCAUAAUGCUACAGAUUACGCAGCCUUUGACCGCGAAGACUGCCAAUCUUCCAUGAGCGAGCCCAAGCUUGAGCUUAAGGAUGGAAUCCUCUUCAUUCGAAACCGUGAAAAUGUAAGAUCAGCAACAUACAAAUUCGCUAUUACUGUGUCUGUCCUUCUUGAGAAAGAUAAGUCCAAAGGAUGGAGUAAUCUGGUCAUUCCAGGUCUUCCUAGGAUGAGGGCUGGCGAGAGUGGAUUUUUCCUAUUUCUGAUCCCGGAGAACCAUGGCUUAGAAUUUCGCACUACCAACUUGCAGCGGUACAAGAUUGUGGAGAACUGCUUCUUUGCUGAAUUCGUCAACCGCGGAGACCUUGUCGUUCCUUUACGUGUCUGCGACCAGAAAUUCUACGGCAUCGUCAAGGACUUCACCGUAGACCAGGAGAUUCGAGCCGAACAUCAAGUCAUUGCCAACUUGGAUCAUGAGGGAAAAGACAUUCAAGCCGAUGUGAUGAUCAAUUACACUGCGAUGUGCUCCUUGAGGCUGCAUAAUCGCUGUUUCUGGGCGGAAAAGUGUUGCUUCUUCCUUCGUUUGGAUGGCGGCCCUGACACUCGUUUUCAUUGCCGGCUUGAGCCUCAAGAGACGGGCCUGCAGAUGAUUAACUUGGAAAGCAAAGAAAUUCCAGUCGGAGUUUCUUACCUCCAAAUCAUUUGCUCUCCAAAAGACCUGGAGAUGUUUGGUGUGACUUGGAAGGUCAAGCUUCCUGGCCAACAAGCUAUAAAUUGGCUACCACGGAUCUAUCCAGUCUCAUCAACCACUUGCGAGAGUAACAGGAACAAUCUUCGCCAAAUCUUUACUGAGCUGGAAGCGGAAUAUAGCAAGGAAACAGCGCACAAACUCGCGAGGGUAGUGGAGUUUGAUCAGGAACACACUGUCCGGGUGCAGCACAACGCAGACAUUCUAGACAUAUCUGACCCGGAAGAUGGCGAAGAAGAUCUUGUUCAGUCGGAAGAGGUUUUCUUUGAAGAGCCGUUUCCGCCUGAGGCAAAAACCCAGUCGUUGACGACGUCGAUCGCGAACAUAGUGGCUGACUCCAUGGCAUACUGCAUGCAAAGCUUAAUCAUAAGCCUUUGUAUCUCGAUGAUUUGGAUGAUCCUCACAUCUUAUGUUGAGAUCCCUCCUUGUCCUGGCGUGUCGAACUGCACUUUGAGCGAAACAGACACGAACUUGACUGUCGUAAACAGCGAGCUAAUGGGACUAGCAAUUCCAAGCCAUGAAGACCGGGAAUCUCGACCUGAGCUAUUGGAUAAUGAGCUUGCGCCAGAGCGAGCCAUUGCGAGCGACAAGCCUGAAAUCAUUGAGCAGUCGUAUAUGGCAGACGUCGGUUUGAAUGGUCAGGAACUUGGACAUGCGGAUCACAAUGAGACAGAGGACAUUCAAGAGAAGGUUGUGGAAGUCAACGACACGCCAACAGCGGGUGUCAAGUCUGGUAGCGACCGUUAUGAGGAUCAACCUCAUUCCUCCUUCAGGGAUAGGAUUGAUUACUGGCUUGGAUGGAAGGGGCCCACUGGGGAUGAGCUCUGA